GCUCUCCGAGGGGACGGCCCGCCACCAGCCGCCCGCCACCCGCCGGGGGCUCCCUUGCCUCACCAUGCUACCGUGGGGAGCCGCCCUCGCCCUGCUGCUGGCCGCGCUCGCGCUGCUUGGCCUGCUGGCCCCGUGGCUACGACGCUCAGGGAGGCGCACCGUCGGUGCAAGAACCCUACCCGAGGCCCGGGGUCAAGACGACGAGGAGGAGGCAGAAGGCGGAGAUCUCCUGGACCAGUUCAGCGACGGGCGGGAGCCGCUGCCCGGCGGGUGCCGUCUCAUCUGUAAGCCGUCGGCGCUGGCCCAGUGCCUGCUACGCGCUUUGCGACGCUCCGCAGCGCUGGAGACUGGCCCGCGCUCCUGGCUCUCCGGGCCCCACCUUCAGACCCUCUGCCACUUCGUCCUGCCCGUGGGACCGGGCCCUGAGCUGGCCCGGGAGUACCUGCAGUUGGCGGACGAGGGGCUGGUGGCCCUAGACUGGGUCGUAGGACCUUGCGCCCGAGGUCGCCGGGUCACCAACGCCGGAGGCCUUCCGGCGGUGCUGCUGGUCAUCCCCAAUGCGUGGGGGCGUCUCACCCGCAACGUGCUGCGCCUCUGCCUGCUCGCCCUGGAGCGCGGCUACUACCCAGUCAUCUUCCACCGCCGCGGCCACCACGGCUGCCCGCUGGUCAACCCCCGGCUACAGCCUUUUGGUGACCCCUCCGACCUCAAGGAGGCGGUCACUUAUAUCCGCUUCAGACACCCUGCGGCCCCGCUGUUCGCCGUGAGCGAGGGCUCGGGCUCGGCGCUGCUGCUCUCCUACCUGGGCGAGUGCGGCUCCUCCAGCUACGUGACCGGCGCCGCCUGCAUCUCGCCGGUGCUGCGCUGCCGCGAGUGGUUCGAGGCCGGCCUGCCCUGGGCCUACGAGCGGGGCUUUCUGCUCCAACAGAAGAUUGCCCUCAGCAGGUAUGCCACGGCCCUGGAGGACACAGUGGACACGGGCAAACUGUUCAGGAGCCGCUCCCUGCGUGAGCUUGAAGAGACCCUCUUCUGUCACACCAAGAGUUUCCCCAUCAGCUGGGACACCUACUGGGACCACAACGACCCCCUCCGGGAUGUGGACGAGGCGGCCGUGCCUGUGCUGUGUAUCUGCAGUGCUGAUGACCCCGUGUGCGGGCCCCCGGACCACACUCUGCCUACUGAGCUCUUUCACAGCAACCCCUACUUCUUCCUCCUGCUCAGUCGCCACGGAGGCCACUGUGGCUUCCUGCGCCGGGAGCCUUUGUCAGCCUGGAGCCACGAGGUCAUCUUGGAGUACUUCCGAGCCUUGACUGAGUUCUUCCGAGUGGAAGAGAGGAUGAAAGGGCUGAGUAGGCACCGAACUUCGUUCCUAGGACGCCGGCGUCGCUGGGGAAGCCUGCAGAAGCGGGAGGUCUCUCCCUCUUCCAAUCUGGAGAUCUUUAGCUGGAAGCGGUCAUUUACAGGGUGAGACCUGCAAGGAAGAACAGAGCCCGGAAAAGAUGGUGAGGACUGACGGGGGCAAACAGUGCCAUUUCUUUGCUCCUGAUUCAGCCCCUUCUCUCCUAGACCGGUCUGUGGAAAGAGAUAGCACUUCCAGCUAGCUGGAGCUCAAUUUACCCUGAACAGAACUUCUACCCACGGCUCACACAACACACUCCUACCCACCCUGGUUAGCUGCAGGGCAUUCCCAGUCACUGUCUCCUGUCACCAACCUCUUAAGCUAAAGAAUUGCAUUGUUUAAGUCCGUGGACUCAGGAGAAAAUGCUUUCUUACCAGCAAUGACUACGGAGGAGAUGAGUUGAUGCGUGUCAUUGGGUAGCUCUGUCCCACGUAAAUAAUCAGCUCUGUGACCCUGAUGCUCGAGCUGGAGCCACUCAAUGUAGUAAGGACAGGAUGUUUGUGUCUUAGUCCCACUUCCCUCGUUUCACUCUGUGGUUGUGGCGCUCUGUUCUGGCUUUCUGCAGCAGCAGCUAUGGAAGCAGGCUCUCGGAGUUGCUUGGCUGUUUUCGUCUUGUGUGAGAAACGCUGUGGUGCACGGGUGGGAGGCAGUAGAUGCUGUGUGGGGGCCAGGUUGGUGAAGGCCGACAAGGUAGAAUGUGAACGCCUGUCUCUGGAAUAUCAAGGUCCAAGCUUUCAGAGGCAAUUUGCAAGUCUCAGUUGGGAAUGGGGCCGAUCUGGGCUCCCUCCUAGGACCUCGAGCCUCACUGGAGAGAUCUCAAGGAUGAUGUUAGGAACAGGAAGUCCUCUCAAGCAAGGUCUAAGAGGCCUGCUAGAUCAUGGCUCAAGUAGUCAGACUCUUAGGCACCCUAGAUGUUCCCUCUGGUACCAUUUCAGGGGAUUACUCCAGGAAGCCCUAGCCAGGGCUGUUUUUCUCCUGAGUGAAAAUGGGCUUUUCUGUAAGUCAGUGAAAAGUACAAACCUCCUAACUUGGGUGUUUUCUGGUUAGCUGUCAUCUUUUCUGUCAAUACUGCUAGCCUCUUCCUUUCCAGAGCCAGGAGCAACAUCUGGGACCAGAGAAAACAAAAGCACCAAGAGGUUGACUAGAGCUGACUCAGUGAUUUAUGAAUAUUUCACAACACCAUGCUUUUUCUGCUCAAUUAUUCAAAAGGCCAUCCAUGAAAUGCAGGAAACCUUCUUCCUGGGUCUGGCCACUCAGUGGCUGAGUGGGUGUUUGGUUUGAUGGGGCGUAAUGCCAAAGACUAAACUAAGGCACGGUGUACAGAUUUAGCCACACAUCCUGGUUUGGAUUAGCCAUUAAACAAUACAAUAGGACAUCUGGUUUCCAUGUGUUGCUAAGAUUCAAAAGCUUUACCCUGAAAUUUUAUUUUCAUUUGCCAUUGAGAAAGAGGGCACCUCUUUUGCUAGGAAGUGCCAUCCUGGCCUCACAAACAGCAAAGCAAUUUUAAAGAGGAGAGAUGUUUACCCAGAGCCACAUCCCAAGGCUUGGUAUGAGGCAUUCCUGGGGCCGUGAUUUCAGGUCUGGAGAAUCUUAUCCCAGCCUUGU